AUGCAGAACCGCACCAAGGUGCGCCGUAGGGUGCUUGCUUGCGCGCGCUGUCGGAAACGGAAGCUCUCGUGCGACGGCAAAGUCCCCGCCUGUACACGAUGUGUCGAGUCAGGCAUGCAGUGUGUUGGCUUCGAUUCAUCAACACAGCAGGAGGCGCCUCGAAGCAUUGCCGACUUCCUCGAGGCCCGCAUUGCCAAGCUCGAGGCUUUGCACAGUCCCUCGUCGCUGCAACCACCACUGGGACGACCAAGUGCUACUAUUCCCUCUCCGCCUGAUUCUCAUGGAUCCGAAGCAACACCUGCUCAAUGGCGCCCGGAAAAAUGCGCUUUCACCGACAGCCUUGUCAACCAGGUCAUGGACGACAUCACGCCCCCCUUUCUUGGCGUCACCAAAGCCAGGCCGCUGUUGCAGUGUGUGGUCAAAGGAACCCGGCUCCCCUCCAAAAAGGGUCCUGUAAUUUCUACCGAUCUGAACGAGAAUCACCCUAGGUCCAUUUUGAAUCCCCAGCCGACCAAGGGGCUGUUUCACGACCUGAUGCCCGACGAGGUGGGUGCCAACACCCUGCUUCAAAUCUACCUGGAUCGAGUCAUCACCCAAUAUCCGAUAUACCACCGGAACGACGUGACGACAGCAUUCAACUCCAUAUACCACAAGACAGCAUCGACGCCAGGCGAGGAUUCGUUCCGCAAUCGCUACAUAGUCAGCAUCAUCAUGGCCAUCUCGCUGAGUACUAGUGCUCGGCACAAAGUACAAAAGGCCAACGAGACAGCCUAUCAGCUCGUCCGACACGCUAUGCAAUGGAUCCCAGAGGUCGCCACGAAUGACAUACCUGGACUCCAAGCCAUUCUUAUUCUGACACAAUACAUCUUCCUCAAUCCCCGCAUGGCGGACCUGUGGCUCCUGACGGGUUUGAUAAGCCAAGCCGUCAUUGAUCUUGGCCUUCAUCAAGAGCUGCCCAACGAUAACCGAGUCUCGGCGUUUCAGCGCGAUAUGCGGCGUCGACUAUUCUGGUGCGCAUGGGAGAUGGAGGUUGGAGUAUGCUGCAUAUUCCUGCGUCCUACAAGCUUGCCCAUAAGACGCAUCGAGGUCAACUUCCCGCUGGAGAUAGAUGAUACCGCCAUCACUCAAGCCAGCAUGGAACCCGCAGGACGAGUGUCCAAAUUCACCCAACGCAUCAUUUGUCGCUUCCGACUCAUCGAAGCGGACAUCAUCUCAGUCCUAUGGCUUGGUGAUCCGCUACCGAAAUCAUGUACCUCGCUCGAGCAGUGGAUAGAGCAAUGCAUCAGCGCAAUGUCAGAAUGGCAACAGGAGAUAUACGCUUCGCGGGACGCCAACAAGGAUCGCGGGCUGAUACCGAGAUGGAACGAAAUGUGUCUCUACUCCGACAUCGCCUGUCCCUAUAUACUGGCUACCCUAUACCGCUCUUCUCGUCGCAUCCCACAUCCCACUACAAGUCAGAUGAUGACUGCUUUGAUCAACGCUGUCAAGGUUGCUGAUGGUUACUUUCGACAGUCAGAAGCAGAGGCUGGCAAAAUCAAAUAUGUAUUCCAUCCAUGCCAUCACGUGUUCAACUGCGCUCUCAUAUUUCUUCAAGGCCUGCAACGCUGUAAGCAAGAAGUGGCAGACAAUUGGUCGUGGCCGCAGGUGGAGGAAUGGAUGCACGUUUUUGCCAAGUGUUUCUCGUCCAUCGCUGAGCGCUGGACUGCAGCGAAGAGAUGCCUGGACGAAUAUGAGCGACUACUAAUUCCGAUCAAGAAGGAAUACAUGGAGUUUUUGUCCCAGCAGGCAACUCUCUCACCACUUCCACUUCGCGCGAAUGCGUCCAUGACUGCUGGUCUCUUUGAUUAUGCAGCGCCGGCGCCAACGCCAGCUCCCGCGGAAAUCGAUGAAGCAUACCAGUUCUGGAGUGUCUUCAACCCUACUGUAACAACGACCGAUACCGAAGCGCUUAGCGCAUAUGUAUUCAAUGUACCACCUCGAGAUUGGAACACGGAGUUUUCUUUGAAUUACGGAACGGAGGCGAUGCCGGAGGCGUAACUUUAUACGGGGGUCGCAAAGACUACGAAUUUGUGCAUUAUGGAGUUUCCAUGUUGCUGACGGUUUUUUCGCUUUAUUUACCUUGUUUACGCAACUACAAACAUUGACCUGCGACCGCGACCCAUCAUUUACCUUGCCAACCAAAUGCUGCACUUGCACUCGGGAUUAACAACGGCCCGGGUUUGUCGCAAACACAUCACGUUACCAACCCGAUAACGUUCGCCCAGCUCUCGGCGCGUGGGGUUUUCAUGCGAUACUUUACCAAAGAAGCUUCAAGGUGGGUCUAAUUUGUUGCGAC